UCGAAGGGUAGUCGGCGAGGAGAAGCUAUGAAGAGACGUUUCGCGUGGGGCGCGAUCGUUUUCCUAUUUUUCCAACUCGGGCUCCGAACGGCAUUCGCACGGGAGUCUCUACUGGGGAGAAGCCUCGACGACGCCGAGGAGCUGAGGUACGAUUGGAAGUCCUUGCUCCGCGAAAUGGAGAUAAAAAACUCGGGGAACCACAAAAUAAACGUCGUCCUCUCGAGCAGCGGAUGCUCGACGUGUCGGCGAGUCCUCGGCGUUCUAAUGAACGAGUCGAGACACUCGUUUCUGACGGUCGGUACGGGUGUCGCGGAGAAAUUCGCACCGGAGAACGAAAGCAGUUUCAAUCCCGAGGUGGGCUAUUACAAGUUCGUUUUGAUUCUCACGAAACGAUUGGACGAGUUUUCCGCUCACUUCGUUAAGCUGAGGGAGAAAUUUUCGUGGAACCCGAGAGCCCGGCAUCUGAUAUUCGCCGUUGAAAAACCGGACGAAUCGCAGAUGGAAAGAGUGUUCGCCGAAUUUUGGAAACGACAGGUUCUCAACGCAGCUCUGAUCGUUCGCAACAGCGACGAGGCAUUCACCUACAAUCCCUACUUGAGGAAGCCCCGCGAAACGGUCGAGAAGGUCGGCUGGUCGCGAAUGUUCUACAAAAAAUUGCGAAACAUGAACGGACAUCCGAUACGCGUCAAGUUCGUUCCGUACUCCUACGACGACCACGCGGUCUGGGUACCGGAAACCGGAACUCACAGAAUGCUGGGAUCGAAUUUCGAAUUCUCCGAGGCAUUCUUCUACAGCGUGAACGCCACGUCGCGUUACGUCAAUCUGGAGAGCGACGGAAUAACGGUGUACGCCAACUACAGCUGGCGCAUGAUGCGCUGGUUGGAUCGAACCUUCGAUACCUUCGAAUUGUGGCUGAACGUCGUCCCGAACAGUUUGGGUUUUCCGAUACGCACCGAACUGGGCUAUCCGGUUGGUAGGGACGACCUUUGCAUUUUGGUACGUAAAAGCGGCAUUAAAACACCGAGUAUUUUCGGUAUAUACGACAACGUCACGUGGAUCUGCACGGCCGCCGGUCUGUUGACCUUCGCCCUCUACUCCCACGUAUUUUACAAAUUGCGAAACAUAAACGACAACGCACUUCUGAGAACCUUCGGGAUUUUUUUGGGUAAAAAUUUGGCACCCAGGCACCACGGACUAUUGGAGAAAAGCCUGUUUCUCGUAUUGACCGUAUGGUCGUUGCUGAUUCUCAGCGCUUAUCAGGGCGCCCUUUACACGGCUCUGGCCACCGAGACCUAUUACCCCGAGAUCGACACGCUGCGCGACUUGUACGCGAAGGUGAAAACCGUCCGCACCUACAAAAACGUCGCCACCUUCUUCCGCACGAGCGCCGAAUCCGGCGUCAAGGUGAUCCCCUUCACGAACUUCGUCGAAGAAAUGCGAAUUCACAGAGACGAGGCGUUCGCGUUUCCUUGCAUAAUCGCUCACUUCGUCGUCAAGUGGAAGGUACUUUCCGAGAACGGGCAGCCCCUUUACCACGUGGUGGCUGACUACGCUCUGCCGGGUUUACUGGGGCAGACGUUCCCCUACGGUUCGCCGUACCUCGAAAAACUCGACGAGGUGAUUCGCGCGUGUCAAGAAGCUGGCUUGCAGGACUAUUGGGACAACGAGGCCCAUUUCUACGCCCUCUUGAAGGAGAUCGUUAUUCCAAACAUCACCGAAAGAUCGCCGAAAAAAUUGUCGAUGAACACGCAACUCACGGCUUUCUACAUUCUGAUAGCCGGAUUGCUGAUCAGCACCGUCUGCUACGCUCUGGAAAUCUACUAUCACGAAAACGUGGAGAAGAAGAAGAAACGAACGGAGUCGUAAAAAGUGCAAUAUCCGAGAGCGAUCGAUCCCAAAAAUGUCUUAAAAUGAGUGCAUACUAUUUACUGGUAUAUCAUGUUUUAUUCGGGGCUAACAAUAAGUAUCACUAGUAAUUUAAACUCAAUGAUGGUAAGCGUAGGCGGGAGCAGAGUAGGUCACGUGAGCUGACGGAGCGGCGUACGCGGAGUAAGUAAGAGGAGCUGGAUGAGCGACAGCUGGAGCCGA